ACAAGCCCAGCCUCGCCAAGAUGUCGUCGGCGGAGCCGGGGCGGUUCUUCUGCACGGCGGGCCGCGGGCUGGAGCCCUUCCUCGCCCGGGAGGUGCGGGCGCGGCUGGGCGCCACCGAGGUGGACUGCGUCUCGGGGAAAGUGUUCUUCAGGGCGGCGGCGGGGCCGGGCGAGCUGAGGAAGCUGCGGUCGGGGGAGCGGUUGUUCCUGUUGCUGAAGAAGCAGAGCCCGCUGCCGGUGUCCCGGAACAAAGGGAAAAUGCUGCAUGAGAUUAAAAGCCUUGUCAUUGAGGAACCAAAAUAUUGGUUGGAUAUUAUCUCUGUUUGGAGAAAGCUUCACGAGGGGAAAAAAGAUGAUGUCUUUCGAGAAAAUGAAUUGGCUCUGAAGAGRAAGUCAGAAGAAGAGACAAACAUUGAAAGUAAAAGGCAGAAAACAGAGCACGUGAGAGCAGUUGUGUCUGAGGAAUGUCAGGUGGAAGCUGGAGAGAGGUUGAGCGAUCGGGAGUGCUGGACUGAGAGCGAGACUUCCUCAGAACUCCUUUCCAAAGGCAGUGGAGAGAAUCAGACUGCAAAUGAGCAUCUUGGCUUCAGUUUCCGAGUGUCUUGUCGUUGUAGUGGAGCAAUUGCCAAAAUACUCACUUCACAGGAGAUUGGAAGAACCAUUGGCAUAGCACUUGUGAAGCAGUGCGGGUGGCGUGCUGAUCUGCGGGACCCUGACCUAGAGAUCUUUGUACAUCUUAAUGACAUUCACUCUGUGGUGGGCAUUCCUCUUUUCAGGCUUCCAUUGGCAAACAGAGAGUAUAUCAAAACAGCAGGACUGCGGUCAACAGUCGCAUGGGCCAUGGCAUCUCUGGCUGAAAUCAGUGCUGGUGCCUUUGUGCUGGAUCCCAUGUGUGGGCUAGGAACAAUACUACUAGAGGCUGCCAAAGAGUGGCCCGAAGCCUGUUACUGGGGUGCUGAUAUAAGUGAUUCGCAGUUAGAGGGUGCAGAUGGAAAUAUUAGAACUGCAGGCUUAAUGGAUAAGAUUGAGUUGCUUCAAGCUUCUGUGAAAGAUUCUUUGCGGGGAGAAAAUGGGGACGAAGAGAAAUUUGAUGCGGUUCUUUGCCAUUCAUACGUCUGCACUUGAACAUCUGAUCAUUGCCAUUACCUUCAGAGAGCUUUGACAGUGUUAUUUCGGACAUUCCAUUUGGG